GAGCCCAGUGCCACCACCAUGUCCUCCAGCGCUAGCGCGAGCGCCCUGCAGCACCUGGUGGAGCAGCUCAAGUUGGAGGCUAGUGUGGAGAGGAUCAAGGUCCUUCAGGCAGCUGCAGAGCUUCAACAAUACUGUAUGCAGAAUGCCUGCAAGGAUGCCCUGCUGGUGGGUAUUCCAGCCGGAAGUAACCCCUUCCGGGAGCCCAGAUCCUGUGCUUUACUCUGAAGACUCUAGGAGAGAAGUUCACUGAGGAAUGCCUUCGAGCACAAAGUGACGAAUGACUGCCUUCAGUCUCAAGAAAACACUUUUCCCUAGCUCUAAUUAGAGAUAUUUUAGCCCUUUCCUGUGGACUGGUCCUAUAGCGAAAAUCACAGAAAUUCAUGAGUUUCUACUUGAGUGAGGAAACUGGGUGAAGAAAUAGAGUUUUAAAUAGUAAUAGCCUGUUUUUUUGUGCAAGUACUUUUAUACAUAAGACAAAGAAAAACCGUACCACCAAAUAUACCAAAAUGCACCUGUUUCAUAAGUGAGUUACUAAUAUUUCUAUACCUGGAAUAUCACGUAUGUUUUAUUUACUGGAUGUUUACAUUUUAAGAAGGAAAAUAGUUGUGUUUAUUUAAACAAUUGAAUACUUGUAAACUGUUGUUCCUGGAAGAUAUUUAACACAUAAAAAAUGUGUUCUU